AAUUUUGAUGCCAAAGGAAUGUGCUCGGCGAAAAGCAAAAAGGCAACCAAAAAUCGCAGAUUCGUCGGGAAAACUGCAGUCAAUGUCUGGGCCAUAAAAUGUGCAAUUAAACCGCAAUAGAUGGGCGCCCUUUUCUCUGAGUGCAGGGCUCAGUCGUCGCAGCCUGUUCGCCAUGGCCACGAACACACGUCUCACUUGAACGCGAAACGCCGAGGCAAACGGACGCAGUCGCCCGUCGCAGUGUCUCUUGAAUUCGACUGUUGAGUUUCGUACAUUCGAGCGCGCGUACUCAAAACAAAGUGCGCGAUCGUGUGAACAGCGAUAUAUUGCGUACAGUGUAUGCGGGAUAAAGAUACCAAUACCUAACCUAGUGCUUUGAAGUAAUUGGUGAAGUAAUACCAGCAGGAUAUCAACUAAGUUGGCAGUGAAAAGCGUGGUGAAGUGUUCGUUCAUUAUGAGUGUGUGAGCGCAGAGAAGCGAACUGAAAGCGAUAAGGUUACAGAUGUCCUAAGCACACAGGAACAGUCACAGGCCCGCCACACACACACACACACACACACAAGGACUCCGGGGUCCUGGUGACAUGUAACUGGAUCCGGAUCUGGAUACAUGUUGGCUCCUAAGACAACAGCCCGCUCCUUUGCCUUUCGUCUGGCCGCACUGCAGAAACGGGAGCAACAAAAGCGAGACACCACCGGAUCGUAUUCACCACGUGAACAAAGCGAGUGUGCGGCUAAUGCUAAUGCCAGCUCCUUCAGCUAGCUUGCCACAUCGCCAGCAGCAGCAGCAGCAGCAACAACAAUUGCAGGUGCCACUGCAAGUACAUCAGUUGCACAGGAAGCGCCGGACAAAGGGACAACACCAUCACCACGCAACGACAGCUCACCACUUGACAGCGAAGCAUGGCGGUGAUUAAUAGAGCCGGAAAUGUGAUUACCCUCCUGCUGGUUAAGCUCCAGCUAAUCCUGCUGUUCUCGCUGUCAGUUACCGGUGAGUUGCCGCAGCUGGACUACGGCAGCUUGUCCGCCUCCCUGGAGGAGGAUGCGAUUGACCCGCUCACGGCGAUGGCUCCCUUCGCCAACUCCCUGGUCACCGAGGACUCGGCGCCGCACAAGAACAACGCGGAGCUGCUGGUCAACAGCAGUGAGGAUGAAAAUGCGCGAUCGCCGCCAGGAUCCUCGUCCGCGGGACUGGGUGCAUCGGGAGCGGCAGGUGGAUCGGGCAUACUGCUCGAGGAGUUCAACAGCGGCAAACUGAGUGGCGGCGAGGCCAGUAAUACGCUGCCCAUAUUCCUCAUCGAGCCGGAGAGCGUGUUCGUGGUCAAGAACCGACCGGCGGUGCUCAAGUGCAAGGCCUCGCACUCGCUGCAGGUGAUCUUCAAGUGCAGCGGCAGUUCGCAACCACCGCCGUCCACGCACGAGACGCACGUGGAUCCGCACACUGGGGUCAACAUGGAGGAGGUCACCGCCACCAUCCACCGCGACCUGGUCGACGAGUUCUUCGGCGACGGACCCUUCAAGUGCGAGUGCCACGCGUGGUCGUCGCGUGGCGUGGUCAAGAGUCAGGCGGCCACCGUGCACAUUGCUUAUAUUCGCAAGUCCUUCAACCAGUCGCCCACCUCGCUGCGCCUGGAGCUGGGCAGUCGGGCGGAACUGCGCUGCGACCCACCUGGCGGCUUCCCCGAACCGAAGCUCACCUGGCACAAGAACAACGCGCUCAUCACGGCGGACAGCGAGCCGGGGAUCAGCGUCUCGGCCGGCACACUCCUCUUCCGCCAGGUGGCCCUGCAGCACAUGGCCAACUACAGCUGCAGUGCGGAGAACAUCGCCGGCAGACGCGUCUCCGAUUCCGCCGUGCUCAUCGUAUAUGUCAACGGAGGCUGGAGCACCUGGAGUCCAUGGCGGGAGUGCAAGUGUGCGGGCAAGCCCAGCCAGGGCAGGAAGCGUUCGCGCACCUGCAACAAUCCGAUGCCGUUGAAUGGGGGCGCCCAGUGUCCGGGCCCCCAGAUCCAGAAGUCCGCCGACUGCGCCGCAUGUCCAGAGGACACUCAAAUCGUGAGCCCUGAUGGAUUUGACAUUUCGUCGAGUAAGCGCAUGGCCCGCUGGUCGGCGUGGAGUGACUGGAGCAUCUGCUCCGCGGAGUGCAUUCAAGUGCGUCGCCGGAAGUGCCUGACUCAGGGCCAGACUCAGAUUUCCUCCGAGGCGGAGGAAGCCGGUGAUCUGCUCCUGGGCGCUCCCGGGGCGGGCAUGGCCGCCCUCAUCGCCGCAGCAGGAGCGGGAGCUGGAGCAGGAGCAGGAGUCGGAGUAGGAAGCCCCAGCGAGGCGACUGGCUCCAGUGCCGACAUUAUCCCGGGAUAUGGCAAAUCAUUGUGCGCCGGAAAAGACAUACAAACGGCCGAAUGCCGCGGCGAACAGUGCCAGAUUGGCAAGGAUGAUUUCGAUUGGACGCUCUAUCUGGGAUUGGCCUUCAUAACGGCGGUGUGCUUCGCCUUUGGGACCGCACUGAUCUGCUGCGCUCGCCGUGGCAUCCGCACCAAUCCCCAUUACAACAUGGCCCGUUCAGUAAUGGACGCGGAUUAUAUGCCCGGCGUUGUGGAGAAGAAGGAGAUGCGCAUGCACAUCGAGGCCAGCAACAUGGGAUACGAUUACGUCAAUCCCGGACAUCGUUAUUUGCCCGGCGAGCACAUCAUGGGCAUGGGCAUGGGCAUGGGCAUCGGCUGUGGAGGCGUCACCGAGCACCACUACGAUGUGCCCAAUCUGUCCGCCAACUACACCAAUCCCAUAGAUCAUCUGAGCGUGGACUAUCUGUCCGAGACCGGGGAAUCCUCCACAGCUGAUACCUCCAACUCAACCUUCGACAUGAACGGCAAGCUGUCCAUACUCAACGCCUCGAAGAGCAGCACCUACGAGCUGCUGGGAAGCGCAGGAGGACAGCUCCGCCUCUAUGGUGGCGAACUGCUGCUCUUUGUGCCGGAGCACGCCAUCGGAAAGCACCUCAAGAAGCACGUAUCCUUGCUGCUGCUGAGCGACGAGUGCAGUCGCGUGUCCUGCGCCACCGAGAGCUCCAUUCUGUGCAGCAGUGUGGUGCACAGUGCACCGCGCAACUACAGCUUCGUGAAGCCGGUGAUCCUGAAGAUACCCCACUGCCUGGUGGCUCCGGAGCAGUGGCAUGUGCACAUCUACCACGCGGACAGCGAACACGACGAGCUGAGUGUCAACUGGCGGCGGGCAGUAUCCGUUGGCGAGGAAACCAUCAACACACCCAUGUUCGUGCAGCUGGAGGCGACGCAUGUGUUCAUUAUGACGGAGCAACUGGGUCACUUCACCGUGGUGGCGGAGCCAAGGAUUCAACAGCCCUCGAUCAAGAUGAAGCUGCUGGCCUUCAGUCAACAUACGCCACCCAGCAACGCGAACUGCAGCUUGCGGAUUUACGUGGUCAAGGACUUUCCCAAUAGCCGCGAUAUCUGCGCCAAUGUGGAGGCCAAGCUGGGUGGCAGUUUUCUUGGCGAGAGCCAGGUCUUCGCCUUUACGCUGAAUAGCCGGAACCUGAAUAUCCGGGUGAGAAGCGCGGAUGUGGAGGCAGCAGCUCCCUACGAACAUGCCAUACCCUACCAGCACAUCCUCAGCAACAACUCCAUACUGCACUGCGAGUUCAGCCUGCGGAGGCAGGAUCAGAACACCCUGUGCGUGGACUUUGGCCAGGGCAGCGAGGACGACUACUACACCUUCAACAUUCCAGCGCACUCAAUGAGCGGAUCGGCAGAGGAACUGGCAUCCACCACGAACACCACCAUCUCAAUAGACCGCCAGGGCAACUAUGUGAACGAGAGUUGUGUGAUGGACUUUGUGCAGCUGCCACAUGCCACAAAGCGUUUGAUCUGCGGCGCCUUGGAUCCUCCACGGUCCGACGAGCGGGAUUGGCGAUUGCUGGCGAAGAAGCUGAAUACCGAUCGGUAUAUUGCCUACUUUGCCACCAAGGCUUCGCCCACCGAACAGAUCCUGAAUCUGUGGGAGUGCCGAGCGAAUAGCAGUCCUGGUAGUAGUUCCAACUCAGUUUCACAUACGAUAAUGGCGCUCCUGCUGACGCUCAAGGAGAUGGGUCGUCAGGAUGUGCUGGACAUCAUAGUUGAAACCAUAGGUCCUUUGUGGAUUUAAGGCACGUUCCCCUGCAUACGCUAUAUAAGAAGGAAAUAUAUAUGAUUUUAGUAUUUCUGAAACUAAAAGAAACAGCUUUAAGGCUCAACAUCGAGAAAUUCCAUUCCGCAAAAACGGAAACGAAAAAUGUGUGUUGAAAUCCUAUCAAACUAAGCAAAGUUGUAUGUAUCCGUUUUGAAAGUUUUCCCAGUUUCACCCAACUUCACCUAUCUUCACCCUGUUUUCAGUGACAAAUCACUAUUUGUUUCCAAAGAUAACUUAUCCAACAAACAAGUAACACCUAAGAACUGAACCACCUGCAAAGUUUGUUAAAGUGAGAUGGGGAAAUCAGCGUGAGGCUCAUGGUCCCUUGUUGUUAAAAACAAAAAAUGUUCAUGAGUUGCCUUUUAUUUACAAAAUGUAUGAACGACACGAACGAAAAAUGAAAAACAAAACGAAACGAAAUGUGGAAAACUGGAAUCGAAAUGAAAAGAAUAUUGAAUCAAAGUGUAGCUGUAGUCAUAGUCACUAAGUUACUGUAGUGUUGUGUUCUAAGGUAACUUGCUCAACGAACUUUGUUCCCUAUGGGUGCCAUGCAUUUUAUACACUAAACAGGAAGAAAAUGUAGCGUUUAAUUAUACUUGUGGCUUAGCAAACUUAUAGUUUUAAACACAUAACUCUAGCAUUACGAUGGAAAAACUGUUUGUGUACGAUACGACAGCUGUAAGAUACGAGUUCACAUGGGGCAGUAGGCCAAAAUACAUAGAGUAAGUGAUGGCCAACUAUGAACCGACAACCGACAACCGACAACCGAAAGACAUUUAAAUUCAAAUGCGGGAGUUGUAAACUGUUUGCCAAAUCGUUGAAUUUCUCAGCCGACUCUAGGUACGAAUAGUCACUAAAGAAGAGGAGCAUUUAGUAAUCAAAACUAAGCCAUAGCACACAUAUACCCAAAAGUAUGUAGCCUCUCAAAUUAUAUAUAAUGCGUACCCAUAUAUGUAUAUUUAGUGUAACAUCUAGUAAUAGUUAUAAAACGAAACAACAAAACGAGUAGUUUGUUAGACAUACUCAAGUGAUAACCUUUGUAUUUGUCUUUAGUUGUAAGUCUGAUCCUGUCGUUUAAUCGUUAAUCAAGUAAGCAUUUACAGAACAAUGACGUAUACUUAGUGGCUCAAACAAAAAGUUAAAUAAAAUAAAAACUGCAACAACAAUUUAUCAGCUAGUUUCAGAUUGAUUUCUGCAGGUGACUUCUGUUGGGUCAAUGACUUGGCAUCGGGUAUUAACUCGGCAAUACAGCGAAAACUUUUAAUUGGAGUCAGGACCUUGCAAUCAAUGCGAGGUACUUUCUGAGGUUUCGUCAAAAGAUUAUAAGCUGCAUGUUCAACAAAUAAUUAAAUAUUUUUCCUGAAUAUAAUAAACAUACUCAUUAAAUUGCCACGGUGCUAGGACCAUCUCUUAUCUGCUAAGUGCAGCUCUUAUCUAGCUCCUAUAUAAAUCAGCGAAAUUUCGAAACCAUAUUCAGUUCCAAAAUGCAGCUCGUCGUGAAACUGCUGAUUGUCCUUUUGGCAUUAUUUGCUGCUGCUUCUAGCAAAUUGAUCUACCGAAGGCAAAAUGCUUGCCAAAACUGUGGUACCUGGUCCAAUCAUCCAUGGUAAUAGGGUAGCGGUGAAUAGGAAAGCUACCAUUGAGCCAAUGAACUUCAGAUGGAGAUGUUCCCGAUGUCUUACUAAAAAGUGAAAUACUUUUGACUUAAUAAGUUUCUUUUCUUUAUUAAAAUCGUUGGAGGUGAGUCAAAAAGCCCUUUGUAGGCACCAGAGAACUGCAAGAGUGGCAUUUUUUGCCACCCUGAUCACACUCAACAAUUUUGAGUGCGGGUGCCACUCACACCGGUCUUCGCGGGUACAUACAAACACCCGCUCAAAAUAUU